AUGGGUUCCCAAAUCCGGUGGAAGUCUCACCUCGAGCCGCGGAAGCUCGUCUUCUACUUCUUCUUCUACGGGCUGCACAUUUUCCUGUUCGCAUAUGGCUGGUACAAGCAGGCCUCGGACCCGCGUCUGGCACCGCUGAACCUGCUCAGAUUCUCGGUUUGGAUCUCUCGUGGCGCCGGCCUCGUGCUGACGGUCGACACGAUGCUGAUCGUCUUGCCCAUGUGCCGGACGCUUCUGCGCUUGAUCCGGCCCAAGAUCCGCUGGCUACCCCUGGACGAGUCGAUCUGGUUCCACCGCCAAGUGGCGUACAGCAUGGUCUUCUGGACUGUGGUCCACACGUGCGGCCACUACGUGAACUUCUUCAACGUCGAAGCGACCCAAGUGCGGCCAGAGCUCGCAGUGCAGAUCCACUACACGCAGCCGGGCGGCAUCACCGGACACGUGAUGCUGCUGUGCAUGCUGCUCAUCUACACGACGGCGCACGCCAAGAUCCGCCAGCAGUCGUUCGAGACGUUCUGGUACACGCACCACCUGUUCAUCCCCUUCCUGCUGGCCAUGUACACGCACGCCACCGGCUGCUUCGUGCGCGACACGGCCGACCCCAUCUCGCCGCUGGCCGGCGAGCAGUUCUGGAAGCACUGCCUCGGCUACAACGGCUGGCGGUGGGAGCUCGUUGGCGGCGGUCUGUACCUGAUCGAGCGGCUGUACCGCGAGGUGCGGGCGCGGCGGGAGACGAAGAUCGUGAAGGUGGUGAGGCACCCGUACGAGGCCGUCGAGAUCCAGUUCGUCAAGCCGUCGUUCAAGUACCGCGCCGGCCAGUGGCUCUUCCUCAACUGCCCGUCGGUCAGCUCGCAGCAGUGGCACCCCUUCACCAUCACCUCGUGCCCCUACGACCCGUACGUGUCGGUGCACAUGAAGCACGUCGGCGACUGGACCCGCGACUUCGCCAACGCCGUCGGUGCCGGUCCCGCCCAGGCCGAGUUCUACGACGGCAUCGACCCGCUCGGCAUCUACGAGGUCGCCCUGCAGGCCGGCCAGGAGAUGCCCGCCAUCCGCGUCGACGGGCCGUACGGCGCCCCCGCCGAGGACGUGUUUGAGAACGAGAUCGCCGUGCUGAUCGGCACGGGCAUCGGCGUGACGCCGUGGGCGAGCGUGCUGAAGAACAUCUACCACGAGCGGACCAAGGGUGCCCUGAAGCGCCUGCGCAGGGUCGAGUUCGUGUGGAUCUGCAAGGACACGCGCGCCUUCGAGUGGUUCCAGGCCCUGCUGGCCUCGCUCGAGCAGCUCGAUGCCACCGGCGCCUUCCUCAACAUCCACAUCUACCUGACCCAGAAGAUCGACGCCGACACGGCAAACAACAUCGUGCUGAACAGCGUCGGCACCGACAUGGAUCCCCUGACCCAGCUGAAGGGCCGCACCAACUUUGGCAGGCCCGACUUCAACAAGUUCUUGGGCGGCUUGCGCGACGGUAUCACAAGCCAGGGCCCCGAGUUCAUGGCCGGCUUGGAGAGCAGCCUGAAGACGACCGUGGGCGUGUAUUUCUGCGGCCCCACCGUCGCUGCGAGGGAUAUCAAGCGCGCGUGCAAGGAGACUUCGAGUCCGGACGUGAGCUUCAAGUUCUGGAAGGAGCAUUUCUAA